UCUACACUUAUUUGGAUGUACCAUCUCAGCCUCACCAUAAUUGCAACAAGUUCUUUUCUUAUACUAACGACCAUCACUAUCGAUCGAUUCCUCGCUCUCCGGCUACACUUGCGCUACCAGGAAAUCGCUACAAGAAGACGUUGUUUUAUCACCCUUUUCUGUAUCUUCGUCUUUAGUAUAGCAGUUGGUUUGUGUAAAGAACUAAUUGAGAAAAAAGGCACUUUAAUACGCGUACUUACUAUAAUAUCAGUCUUCUCGUUCCUAUCCCUUUUAUUUCUUAAUGCGUAUCUAAUUUUCGAAAUCUCGCGAGUCAUCCGGCGACACUCAGUGCAGAUCCACUCCCAACAGCAAUCGGUAAAACAGUCUAUAGACAUGCCUAGAUACAAGAAAUCUGUCAACACUAUGUACUAUGUGAUUGGUGCUUUUGUUUUGUGCUAUGUGCCGUAUGCAAUUGUGUUUGCUGCUAUAACGGCAAUAAACGUUUCUCCAACAAAUGCCGCAUAUGCCAUGGCCACAGUUGAAACUCUUGUCAUGUUGAAUGGUGUGCUGAAUCCAAUCAUUUAUUGCUGGAGAAUCAAAGAGCUACGAGAAAAAGCUAUGAAAAUGUUGCACUAAAAUUUUCUGAACCAAAGCAACAGCUUAAGAAGAUGCAGGAAUUGUCCGGCCAAACAAAUAAACAUAGGCACUUUUGAACUCU